AUGCCAUACGAGCCCGGAGUAGAUGAGGGCCAACUUAUCGCGACCAUCGGCCCCCGGUCAUUCCUUUUCUUCAUCGUUGCUGAUGUAGGCGCGCCGGGAUCUAAAGGCGGUCACCGUCCUCUCGCCAUCACCUACCGGCAAGGCCGGGGCCAUGGUCCCGGACGAACAAUGGAGAAUGGGUGGCAGCGAGUCCGUCAGGUUAUUCAGGACUGUGCCCGCGCCGUCGAUAUCUUGACAAUGCCUGGCAACCGUGCCGCCAUCGAGGCGGAGCUGUCCAUGGCCGUAGCCGAGUACCGCGACGGAGACAAUUCGGAGCCGCAACGCGUACAAGUCCCUGAUUUGCCACAACCUAGUUUGGACAACCAUGCGCCAUGGGGUGGCCACCCUAAAGUUUUUGAGCAACCGGAGCAGCUGGAGUCGCCGCCAUGGGUGGAUUCAAGCGCCAUCCGCGAAUUCCCGUUCAUUUCGUUAUGCCUGCGUCUGGCCUUGAACAAUGAGGAGGACGACUCCAGAGCUCGUUUCGACCAUGUCCAAGAGCGACCGCUCGCCACUAUCUUUCCUGGGAAUGUGCUCGAGUACGGCGCCGUCGUCAUCGACAUCUCCGAUUUGGAUGCCGUGCGGUAUGGCAUCUUCGGCUCAAGAAUCAGGUACGUUGGGGCUAAAGGGUGUAGUUUCGGCGGAACCUGGGGCUGGGAUUCCGUGGAGAGCGACUACAGCGGCCCUCCGCCGGUGCUUCACCUGGAGACAGCUCGCGCAAGAACGCCGCUCUCAGCAGGCGCAUACAUGACCAAGUUUGGUCUCCACGAAACGUCGGACGACCUAGAGCGGCUGAGAAAAUACGGCAUCGUCGAACGCCGGGCUCUUAACUAUAUCUGGCCGCCUUUAAGAAAGAGUGGCGGCAGCAGUACCCCCGCUCUCCCUAUUGACGAGCAUGAUGCCGCUGUCGAGGUAGUCUCCAGCCUUCUUGAUUCUGGGACGUUCGAUUUAGAAGCCCACCGCGAGUCCAUUAUUCUACCUGAAUUACAGAGUAGUCUACGAAAGCACCUUAUCAAGAAUUUCGACAAACUGAAGCCUUCCGGCGCGUCAGCGCAGCUCCUCCGGCUUGCUUACGCCGGAUGCUGUCACCUGAAUUGGGCGGCCUACCGACAUUUAUCAUACGAGCAUACUGCUGCCAUUCUCGUCUCGGAGGAAUUUCGCAACGCGCAAGCGCUUAGCAUCUGUAUCGAUGGUAUGGAUGGCCGUCCCACUUCGCUGUUUGAGGCCCUAGCCCAGCACGAGACAAUCCGCGACAUUUGUUUUCUCCAGGGCCCCUCUCGCGCCAACGACGACAAGUCAUCAGACCUAUUCUCGCAAAUAUGCAUGUCACCGUUCGCCUCGAUUCUCCUCAAAUCCAAGAAAACCUUUGUUACUUGCGACUUCUCCGCACCACUUCGACGUGCUGACUGGCCCCGAGACCCGAGCACACGCACACCACUGGACUCUCCUGCCCUGCGUAGCGCACUACCGGUGCAGCCCAUGUUCGUCCGGCAGCAGUCCAUACCCGAACAAGCAGUAGACGACCAAGACGAUAUGGAUCUGUGA